AUGGCCAAGUAAAUAUUGAAAAUUAGAGACAAGCUUAUUUUGAAUUAACUUAAUACAAUAAAAAUUUUGAAGAAAGAUAAAAUAAUCAAUAGACAGAAUAAUCUUACAUUGCUCAGUGAUAGACAGAUUAGGGUAGUUUGUAGAACUCAAAACUAAAGAUAUAAAAAGAAACUUUAAUUGAUAAGAUUAAUAGAGAAUAAAUAAGCAACUAAGAAAGAUAUUAGGAUGAAGUUCGAAAAGAGAAGAAAAAAUGGGAAUCACAAUAUCAUUUAUUAUAAGGAUAGUUUGAUGAAAUAAAUAAAAAUACUACUAAUUUGAAUUUAUAAGAUAAAAGAUGGAAAGAAUCUGAAAACAGACGCUCAUAGUUAGAAAUUAAAUAAAAUGAUUAAAUAAGAAGAUGA